AUGGCCACACCUAAGUCUCGAUUAGUCUUCGACGAAGACGACGACACUGACUCAGUCAAGACCAAUAGCACUGUCGAAAGCGACUUUGAAGCAGAGUACAGCGUCGAAAAAAUACUCGCAGAGCGAAAGACAGACCAAGGCAAACCACUGUACUUGGUCAAAUGGGAAGGCUACGAACUUCACAGGUCCACCUGGGAGCCACCCGAGCACUUCGUCGACCCUGACUGUCUCGUCAAUUGGGCACUCCACAAACGAGACGUCGCCGAGGGUCGUGCUAAACUUUUCAAAGUUGCCAAAUUCGAUGCCGCGGUAAGGCUGGAUGAAGAGCAACGCGAACGUCGACACGCCAAACGCGCAGAGAAGCGCCGCAAGAGAGAAGCCCGCGGACCUACACCUCGUCGCCGUCUCAUUCCCAAAAAGGAAUUGGCCAAGAAGGGAACUGCAAGAAAGGCAUCAGCCCGCGAUGCUACCAGUACCCCGUCUUCUGCCACUGAGAGGUCGCCCAGAAAACAAGCCACUCCGCUCUUCGAGCCUUCAUCUCCUAGUGGAUCUGCCAGCCGGAAACGUAAGAGGUCUCUGUCCGACCCGCGCUCGCCUUCUCCAGCGCUGUCAGUCAACGAUGUCUCAAAUUCACAGUAUUCCAUGUUCAACGAGCGUACAACUACUCUUGUGGAAAGUCCACGCAAGUCUCCGUCGUCACAUUCAACAACUGUGCCAAAACGGGCUCGUGUGAACGAUCCACCCAACGCAAGAGAAACCACGAAGCAACGAUCAGGCACAGCAGCAACUGUAGUCACAUCUAGGCCAAAAUCACCGACUACCUCGAGCGUCCAAAAGAAGCCCCAGUCUAGUGGAGCUGCUAGCCAAGUNUGCAAUAUCCAAAGCCAAACCCCCAAGCAAACCCGUAACGAAACCGUUAGUGGCUCCGCAAAGCCUCAGCAAUCUAACCUGGUCAAAUCAUCUACGGUACCAAAUCCAUCGACAGGCCCGGGCAAUCUCAUCCAGCGUCGUGCCUCCGACGCGACCCCUGCCGCUGUACUGACCGAGCCGAGAGACAACUCCAAGAACAAGGACGCGUCAUCAACAACCACUAGUAAGAGCCAUGUGGCAGUGGCUAAGGAUCGACCAGACCCAGGACCUUCUACUGCUACCAACAAUGUACAGAGAGCUGUCGCUGGACCGUCUCGAAGAGCAACAGUCCCGAUAAAGUUGUUUCUUGAACCUAAAGUCAAGUCCAGACAGCGUCAACGAAUCAACGAAUACACUCCCAAAGACUCGAAAGAUGCACAAUUCGUCAAUCUAUCCAUGCAGAGACGAAUGCAGCUAUACAGUCACAAUGAACCUCCGCCCGACCCGAACGCUCUGAAAUUUGUAGAUCCGAAUACCGGAAGAAUCCUAGAUUCUAUAGAUGGCAAUACUCCAUCCACAUCUGACGCUUUGCGACUAGACACCAACGUGGCCAGAACCUCAGACUUAACAAGCUCAGCGGCUGCGAGAUCAGCGCCUGCCUCGGAAAGACACUCUGUCUCAACCUCUGAAUUGCAGCGUGAGCCUCUCCAAGGACGUAUUCCAGCACCCCAAUCGGCGCAAGAGACCGAGCCAAGAUUCGCAUAUUCGUCAGUCCGACCAAACGUAUCUCGCUUCUCCAGAAAACACAUAACAUGUCGAUUCUGGUUUAGAGGCACGUGUAGAAGUUCUGAAGAAGAGUGCCCUUAUGCACAUACCUGGACCGGGCAGAUGUUUCCUAAGAAGCCUGCUACCUGCGAAUAUUGGGUAAAACGCCGAUGCAAAUUCUCUGACGAGGAAUGUGAGUACUUUCACGGUUACGACUAUCAACAGAAUGUCGAUGCCGCCAGACGAGAGGCUCCUGAAGACGUUAACGGCUUCCUGGCAAGACAUCGCUCUGAUAGCCCCGAUCGUUACGGUUUGCGUCAGGACGAGGCAGAAGGUCGCCGAGACAGAACAAGCCUGCCACAUCUCAGACUCCGUCCCGAUGAACGAACUCCGAUCCAAUCACCAUCUUUGGCGUCCACUGCAUCAAUUGAGCCUAGAAAUGGCGCAGGAAGAGAUGUUCACAUGGAAGAUGCUGAACUGCCGGUCCUGACUGAAGAGCCGCCUCUCAAUGUGGCCCACGUCCCCACUGCUGCAAUGCCAAACGCGAUGAACGAGAAGGAUACUGCAGAUCCUGUCAACAUGUGUCUCAGCAUCAGACCUGCUUCCCCACCUACGUAUACCACGGAUUUGAAACUGGUCUUCGACACUAAAGCAAGCCGACUGAAGUUUCUCGACACUUUUGGUGAGGACCCCUCUUUUGAGGGCUCCGAGAUCUGCCGCUCGCGUGAUUUUGAGGCCUAUUGGUACUCGGAGGACAAGGUCUGGGCAUCUGGCGGUGUCGUGUUUGCGCCGGCAGACACUGUGGCUACCUACCUUGAGGAUUUCCUGGUCCUACACUCUUCCUGCGUUGCCAUCAGAACCAACGGCUUUAUAUUUGUCGUGUAUGCUACUCGCAACCCAGACUGGAAAUUUAUGCCUCAUCGAGGUCCGGAGAAACCUGGCCUACGAUGGUAUCUCCAAGCAGCGGUACCUGGCACUUUGUACCCAAUCAUUACCAAGCCGACCAAGAGCUCGUUCAUCUCGAUGUGUGCCGAACAUCUGGACCUCAGCCCUGAGAUAUUGUUUGCCGGAAACAAGGGCAAGCACAUCGAAAAGACAGUGUAUCUUUUCUUCCCCAGAGGAACACCAGAAACCAAGCUUGUCGAGGUUUUUCUGAACGAAGUUGGCGCAAGGUUCGUUCAUUUAGACGAUUGUGACCUCUGGAACCAGUUCUGUAGUAAGGGAUCGUCCGGCAACAGGGUCGUCCUGUUUCACCCUUCGAUGAACGACUUCUGGAAAGUGCCAGAAUUUUCAAAUGUUUUACUGACGGGAGUUAACAUCUUUCAAAUCGGUGUUUCGAAGUCUGUCAUAUCUCGUCCCGACUCGCCGGUAAAGUACAACUGCACGCGUCUGUUUCCAAGCGGCACACUCACGCUCAUCACCGACGACAUCUUCAAGUAUCACCCAGCUCAAGCGCUCCAAGUCUUGGGUAUCUAUGAAGGCUACAAGAAAAAGCCCGAAGGUGGACGAAAUGAGCGUGUCUACUGUCGACCCGGAAUCUUGGCAUGGCUCGCAGAGCUGAUUGAUGAAGACCGGGAGAAGGGCAUUCUUGCCGAAGACUCGCCUAGAAUCAAAUGUUGGCAGCUAGUCUGUGAGCUGCUAGGCACCCCUGUGGCUGAUAACAGUCGCAACCCAUUCCGCUCAGACAUGAAAUCACCCUCUAUGCUUUAUUCGCCUCCAAAGAGCGAAAUGCCUAGUUAUACUCCCAUGUGGGACAGCAGUGAAGAAGAAGCCACAGAUUUCCUGGUCGGUUGGUUUGCAGGCCAUGGUAUCGAGGAGUGCGAGAAUUACCGCCGCCUCAAUGUUCUCUAUGAACAGCACGGCACGCUUUCUGCUCAAACACCUGGCCUGAUGCAACCAGACAAUUCCAAGGAUCCAAAGGAGUGGAUGAAGAAGUUCACGCACAUCAGAGUUACCACCCCGGCUAGGUACAUUGUGCAAGUGGAGAACUGGGAGAAGUCAAAGACGAGACCUCGAUGA